CAGCCUUUUUAUUGAUCAUUCCCAUCCGUGAAGCAUGGUCAGCCUCAACUCCUGCAGGAUGAACGCCAAUCUACUUGCUCUGACUCUAUGUCUCCUUGGAAGUACAGUCCUUCUGUGCAGAGGAGAGUCAACACCCGCUACAGUACCGACAACACCUGCUCCGGGCCCGACAACACCUGCUCCGGGCCCGACUACACCCGCUCCGGGCCCGACUACACCCGCUCCAGGCCCGACUACACCCGCUCCAGGCCCGACUACACCCGCUCCAGGCCCGACUACACCCGCUCCGGGCCCGACAACACCUGCUCCGGGCCCGACUACACCUGCUCCAGGCUCGACCACAGGUGCUGCGGCCUCCACCACCCUGUCUCCGGAUAAUUCGACCACUCCUGGAGCCUCGCCCUCAUCGGCGAUCCAAACCACCGCAGGCAAAGAACCGCCAGAGGGUCUUUCAGAGGGCGCCAUCGCCGGUAUUGCCAUCGGUUCCAUCGCAGGUGUGGCCGCCCUUGGUGGCGGUAUUUUUGGUAUACUCCGGUACACUGGGAAGGUCUGAGAGCAGAUUAUCCCAACUUUGAUGCCAUGGCCGACAAGAAAGGAAUACAUGUUAACUAGCAUCAUUUUAAAUUCAUGUUUCGGUAAAUAAGCAAGCCCCCUUUUCACGGCUAUUGUUUUUUAAUGUUUGUUUGUUUUCAUCUUUGAAGGGCUGAUGAUGUGUGAUUAAAGCAAAAUUGUCAUUUUCUAAAU